CGGGUAUAAGUAAGAGGGGACACGCGGUAUAAAAUUGAGCAACUUCGAAAGAGACUGCAACAAGUACCUGGUAUAUUAACUAGAAGUGUUACAGUGUCGUGCAGAAGAUCUUUUUAAUUCGUCCUCAUCGGUGUAGUAGUUAAAUUGCGCUCGAACAAAAUGAAGUACAUCUUGGCGGCAAUAUUCUUAAUAGGCACCACCUUAGCGUAUCCCGUAGGGGAGGAGAACGAGUCGAAACCCGACGCUUCGAUAAUCAACCCCAAUUCACUAUCAUCGGCGAAAUCUCAAGAAAGUGACGAAGUGCCAAAACACAGCCAUCACGAUGACGAGUCGCAUAAGGACGUCAGCCACGAACACCACAAGGAUAUCCAACACGAUUCGUCAGAAGCAAGCGAAGAGUCCGAAUCCAUCGAAAAACAGCCCCCUAAACUUCCCGAGCCGUUACCCGAAAUCCAACCGGAAGAGAAGCCAUCCAAGCCCCUCGAACAAGAAGAGCCGAAACCGAAAGAAGAGCAGAAAUUAGAGGACGAAAAGCCGCAGUUAGAAGAGAAAUUAAUAGACAUGGUCGAAGCGGCGAACAAACCCGCAGCGAUCGCGGCCGAGUCCGCCGGUCCCGAUGACCAAUUUGCAAAACGUGCAGAACCCGCACCAGAAAAACAAGACAGUUCGCCGCAUUCCGACUCCAUUCCCGGCGCGAUAGAACAAGAAAAACCGGUGGCGGAUGAAGAAAACGUGCCCAAAGAUAACGAGCUUGUAUCCGAAGGCAAAUCCGAUAUAUUAGACAUUCCUCAAGAUGCGCAAAAGGAGCUUAAGUCGCCGGAAAAAAUCGCGGAGGAAUUACCUAAAGAAGUACAACAGCCGAUCGAGGGAAGUCUCGAGAAGGGCGAUCAAGCUAAAGAUGACAGUCCCAGUUCUUGAAAUCGUUAAAUAGGUAAAUGAACUGUUUCAUCUUUUACUCAUCAUUUCAUAGGUACUAUAUUUUGAGACCUUAGGUACUACCUGUAACAUUCCAUUCAAUUAGACAAAAAUGAAUUCAUACAUCGAUAAUUUAAGUCCCAGUCCCUAUCUGCAAUAUUUGUAUUUAGUGUAAAAGUUAUAAUACGUAUCUAUUGUAUUUAAAUAUGAUCUGGUGCAUAUUGUUCUUUACAGCAUUUUAUUUAUUAGGUACUACUCCAUGUCUAUUUAAAUAUGCAGAGGUAACUUGGUUACCUACAGAACUGAAAAAAAAAACGCAUGUAUCGCUGUGACUAUAACUUCGAUAUUGCACCGGUCUACCUAAGGGUUGAUAUUUAAAUCUAAAUGUAGGUACUUGUAGUUGACUGUAGCCUGUCUCAAAAGUUCAUAAAAUAAAUGUACUAAUCACA